CGCACAUGACCCUAAACUCAGGUUAUGUGCAAGACUUGUGCAACAUGCUGUUCAAAGGACAGAGAAAUGGGUGGAGAAAGGCUGUGAGCGGUGUCUGUGUUGUAAACAGAGCAGAAGCACGUCUGCAUUUCAGAAGCACAACACAAACACUCUGAAGGGGAAUUAGGAUUAAGAAAAGUCUCCUUCAUCAUGACGGAUCACGAAUUCCCUGACGUGGCUUCAAUGAAGCCAUGCAUUCGUCCGGACAUGUUUGAUUUCGAGGGAGUGUUUUUGACUCGCUUCUUCACUGACAACUGGGAGAACGUGAAAAACUUUCAAGCCAGACCUGACGACAUUCUCAUAGCCACGUAUCCUAAAGCAGGUUAUAGCGCCAUUAAAAACCCCAGAACUACAUGGGUUUCUUAUAUCCUCGACCUUCUGUAUUUCGGUAAUGAUGAGAAUCAGACCUCGCAGCCCAUCGUUCAGAGAGUGCCGUUCCUGGAGUCCUGCUUUCAGGAGUUUUCAACGAUUUCAGGGACAGAAAUGGCGGAUAAUCUACCCACUUCUCCUCGACUCAUUAAAACCCAUUUACCGGUCCAGCUCGUGCCCAAGUCCUUCUGGGAGCAGAACUCAAGGGUUGUGUAUGUGGCACGCAACGCAAAAGACAACGCCGUUUCCUAUUUCCAUUUUGACCGAAUGAACAUGGUGCAGCCCGAGCCAGGAGACUGGGAUAGCUAUUUAGACAAAUUCAUGCAAGGCCAAAAUGUGUUCGGUUCUUGGUUCGACCACGUCAGCGGAUGGUGGCAGAAAAAGCGGAGCUAUCCCAACAUGCUCUACAUGUUCUUUGAGGAUUUGUCUGAAGACACUGGGCGUGAGGUGAACCGCUUGUGCUCUUUCCUGGGUUUGUCCACGUCAGUCCAAGAGAAGGAGAAAAUAACUAAAGGAGUUCAGUUUGAUGCCAUGAAACAAAACACAUUGAUCAACCAUGUCACAAUCCCUUUCCUGGACUGCAAGAUCUCACCCUUCAUGAGGAAAGGUAAAGUUGGAGACUGGAAAAGUCACUUCACCGUGGCCCAGAACGAACGCUUCGAUGAAGUCUAUAAACAGAAGAUGAAGAACAGCGGCGUCACGUUUCGCACUGAGAUUUAAAACCCUACAGAUCUUGCAUUUCACGUUUAAUUGCUGCUCCUCUGAUUUCACAAGUGGAAGUAGUUUGUUUUCCACACUCACACAAAAUUAAAAACGUGAUACUACUGGUGAAUUGUUAGAGCUCAGAUCAAUGUUUUGUGUCUAAUAGUUUAGUUUUGUGGCACACAGCCUUGUAUAGUCAGGAUAAUGCACAUCCUGCUGGUUGUUAUUGCAGAAUGAUCCCUCCAGUCUUACACAACAGCUGCUAAUAAACCUGUCUGUUUUUUUCUGUGAUAA